AUAUUAGGUCUCCUCCAUUCAUGAGUGCUUUGCUUUUUAAUCCCUCUGAACAUUUUCGAAAGAUAGUGGCCAGUUUUAGUACAGUUCAUUUUCAUCUCUGAUUGUGCUACCUGUAUUGAAGUGAAAAGUUUUAGUGUGCUGUGUCUAAUUGAAUAGGGUUUGUGUUGUGAUAUAAUGUUAUUACAGUGAUUAUGUCGGUUAAACAGAUAAACUCGAUGGCAUCUUCAAAGAUAGAACCUCAACCAAGAUGGAAACUGAACAGCAAGGAAAUUUUGGAAAAACGAAUUCCAAUCAUAAAAAGACUCCAGACUUAUACCAGAGUUGAUUUUGUAUCUGACUUCAUUGCUGGGACCACAAUCGGGUUGACAAUGAUUCCUCAAAGUAUUGCCUAUGCUUCACUUGCUGGCUUAUCACCCCAGUAUGGUUUGAACUCAACAUUCAUUGGCAGUUUUCUGUAUGCCAUAUUCGGUACAGUGAAGGAAGUGUCAAUAGGUCCGACUUCACUCAUGGCUCUCCUAACAUUUGAAUACACCAGAGAGCUGACUCCUGACUUUGUUAUCAUGCUUGUCUUUGUGUCAGGAAUAGUGGAGUUUCUCAUGGCUCUACUGAAACUUGGAUUUCUAGUGAAUUUCAUUUCAACUCCAGUCACAUCAGGAUUCACAACAGCCACUUCAAUAAUCAUAAUAGUGUCUCAACUGAAAGGGCUGCUUGGUGUCAGAUUCAAGUCCUGUGGCUUCAUCGACAACAUAUUUGAGCUGAUAAUGCAUGCUUCGGAGGCUCGGCUUGCAGCUGACUUUGUGCUUGGACUCUUCUGUAUUUUUACUCUUUUAGCACUGAGGAAAUUGAAAGAUAUCCCAAUCUCAGACGAAACACCGUCUAAAAGGGUUUUGAAGAAAAUCUUGUGGUUCACAUCAAUUGGACGUAACGCAUUGGUUGUUCUGAUUUGUGCCGGAGUUGCUGCCUGGUAUGAAAGUAGGCCCGAUGGCAAAGUACCCUUCUUGCUUUCAAGACAAGGAGCUUCUGGCAUACCACCAUUUACCCUUCCACCAACCGAGGCCAAAGUGGGAAAUCAAACCUAUGACGCCGGACAGAUGAUUGAAGAGCUGGGAUCUGGGAUAUUUGUAGUGCCAAUUGUGGGUGUUCUUGUUAACAUUGCAAUUGCAAAAGCAUUCUCAUCAGGAGGAGUGAUAGACGCAACACAGGAGAUGCUGGCCCUUAGCCUGUGCAAUGUGCUAGGGUCCUGCUUCGGUGGAAUGCCUACCUGUGGGGCGUUCACAAGGAGUGCAGUCAGCAGUGCCAGUAGUGUGGCGUCCCCUCUAGCUGGCAUUUUCUCAGGUUGUCUAUCACUAUUGGCUGUUAAUUUCCUGCCUCAGUAUCUGCAUCUUAUACCGAGAGCAGCACUGUCUUCAAUUCUGAUUUGUGCUGUUUCAUUUCUAAUCGACUGGCAAAUCAUUAUGCCGCUGUGGAGAACAAACAAGAGAGACCUGUUCAUUCUCAUAGCCACAUUCUUCACAUGCCUGGCAUUUGGGGUUGAGAUUGGUCUCUUGGUCGGAGUGACAUUUGAUCUGUGUCAUUUACUCCAUUUAUGGGCCUCUCCAAAAAUACUGCAUGAACGAAUCAAGAGUCCAAACUAUGAAAUCGAAUAUAUUCUAAUUACUCCAGAUAAAGGACUUUUCUUCCCGGCAGUUGAUCGAUUGUAUUCUUCAUUCGUCACAGUUCUAUCUGACAGCAUAAUCAACAAUUUUCCUAUUGUGAUCAAUUGUAUCCACUUCACAGGAAUUGACUACACUUCAGCCAAAGUGAGUACACUCUAUACUCUAUCAAUAUGGAAGUUGAUUGAAUUGCACAUUUAUCUGCUAAUACAAAUUGAUGUAUUCCUUCUCAUUUUUGCACCUACAUUUGAAGCUUUAGCCUUCAAGAUUUUUAUUUUUUAUAAUUUGAUUCUAAAAUAAUUCUCUGCUAAAAAUCUCUUCGUCCUUGGUGUUUUUGGCUAAUGGUACUUGUGUCUUUACAUUGAAUUAGCUCAUCUAUUUUGCUAUCCAUGACGAGCUGCAAGUUCAUAAUUAUUUGUUUUUUAACUAUUAUGACGACACUACAAUCUAAUAUUUUUAAUAGUUCAAAAACGAAUGAAAUAAAUCUAACAUUGAAAAAUUAAUCAAAAGCUACAUAUUUUACUACCCGUACUAUUAUGAGAUUAUUCUGCUAAGAUAAUCUAAAACUCAUAAUGAGGACAUCACAGGCUUAUUUUUUCAUUAUAAGAACAUUCUUUAGAACGAUCAGCUUCAUGUGAUCUACCUACUGAUCUAGUUAACCUUUUCCCAAUUAUUUUUUCAACUAUUCUUCUCUUCUCCAUCAUCAAAUAUCCUUACAGUACCUGUUUUCCGUUCAACUGUAUGUGUUCCAAUAAGGUGUUUUGAUAUAAUAUGUCCAAGUCUUAAUAUGCUCAAAUUCUCAAAUGUACAAACUAUAUUACGGUAUGAAAAUCUAUACGUUAAUCACCGGCUUGAAUGACGUUUAAAAGUUGUGCUGACGAGAGAUAAUUUUUCGUUUCU